AUGUUGUGCAGUCAGGGGAGUGCAGGCUCACGACCUGGCCUUGCAACAUUAUCAGUCUUAGCUGGGGAUUCCAGCGAGAGCGUUGCAUUGGUUUUGGCUCUCCCACAGACAAAGACUGGAAUAGCAUUGCUGUAUAAUGAAGAGUCAAAUAAUUCUUAUGACAUUCGACUAAAUCUAACAAAAGAAAUAUUAACAAUUCAGAAACAAGACGUCAUUUGCAUCAGUGGAAGUGAAUCAAAUUCAAACCACAGAACUGUUACGCUUCGACGACAAGCUGUUGGGGGAUUGGGACUGAGCAUAAAAGGGGGUGCUGAGCAUAAAGUGCCUGUGGUCAUAUCAAAAAUAUUUAAAGAUCAAGUAGCUGAUCAAACAGGAAUGCUCUUUAUCGGAGAUGCAGUGUUACAGGUUAAUGGAAUUCAUGUAGAAAACUCUACACAUGAAGAAGUGGUUCACCUACUGCGGAGUGCCGGAGAUGAAGUUACCAUCACCGUUCAGUACCUCAGGGAAGCGCCAUCAUUUCUUAAGCUCCCGUUAGGUUCUCCAGGACUGUCAAGCGAUCACAGCAGUGGAAGAUCCUCCCCACUUUUUGACAGCGGUUUACAUCUAAAUGGAAAUUCCACGAACACAGCACCAUCAUCACCUUCCUCACCCACAACUAAUGAACCAAAGUAUGAGAAGCGCUGGCUCGACACCUUAUCAGUCCCUCUGCUGAUGGCUCGCAUCUCAAGAUACAAAGCUGGAACAGAUAAAUUAAGGCCUAACAGUUUUGAAGUGCUUGCCUUAGAUGGAGUGAGCACUGGAAUACUUCAGUUCUAUACAGCCCCAGAAAGCAAUGACUGGCUUCGAGCAAUAUCAACCAACAUCAGUGACCUAACGCUUCAAAAUAUGAAAAUGGCAAACAAGUGCUGUUUACCUAAUGACCAGGUUAUUCAUAUGGGAUGGGCCAGUGAAAGACUUCAAGGGACGGACUCUUCACAGCUAUACAAUUUCAAGUUUCUGGCACUAAAGGGCUCCUCUUUGUACAUUUUCAGCAUCCCCCCGGUCAGCACGUUAGACUGGGUGCGAGCUGAGACAAUCUAUAACCUCUGUGAGGUUCUCUUUAAGGUUCACAAGCUCCAGAUAGAAGAUUGCUGGCUGCAAGCAAACUUAUAUCUAGGCUUUCACCAGGACUGGGAGCUCCGAGACCAUCGGCCGUAUUGCUUCAGUGUCAUGGCUGGACAAGGCAAGAGCCACUACUUUAGUGUGGAACUGGGAAGCGAAUUGGCAGUGUGGGAGAAAUCUUUCCAAAGAGCCAUUUUUAUGGAAGUACCGAGGACAGGGUCCAAGACAUACUUGUGUAGCAGCCAAGGAAAGAUACUCUGCUUUACUAUUGAUUUUGGGACAGGCUUUACCUGCUUUGAAAAUGUCUCCAAGAAUGUUCUUUGGAUGUACAAGUUUUCACAACUGAAAGGAUCCUCUGAUGAUGGAAAGACACGGGUGAAACUUCUUUUCCAGAAUCACGAUACCAAACAGAUUGAGAUGAAGGAAUUGGAAUUCGCUGACCUCACUGCAGUUCUACACUGUAUACACUCUUUUAUAGCCGCAAAAGUGGCAGCUGUGGAUCCAGUAUUCAUUGACAGUCAGAGUGUUGCAAGAAAAUACAUGUACAGCAGCUAAAACCACGCAAUUUACAUUCUGGUAUUCCAAGAGAGAACUCUUUUAUGCACAUCACUAAUAUUUUUGUAUGAAACUGUGGUUACAAAAGAGUAUACAUUUAUCUAUAAAAAUUCAGAACCAAGAAAUAUUUUCGUCACUUUUGACUUGUAUUGGUUACUAAUAAGUACUGGUAUGUUGUAAUUUUGCUUGCACUUUAUUGUUAUCAGUAUUAAAAUUGACCAUGUUUGUGGUGAAAUAUGUAAAUGUCACUGCAGUUGUUGAGGAAGAAAUUACUUUCCAGCAUCUUAGUUAAGGUUCUAUAGUAGCAUAUGUAAUGGAAAUUAUCAUGCAAGACAGCACAAUACUCUCAUCUGUAAAAAGUGAGAUAAUAUCAGAUUGCAAGUUUUACAGUUUGUAUUGGUAAAGCCCUGUUCAAAGCUCUGUAUUUUUUUUUGUUUUGUUUUUUUUGUGCAACACAUUCUUUAUUAACUAUAUUUGCUACACUGCAGAUUUAAGCUGACAUUGUAUUAAUAAAAUAUACAAGGCCAUUUCCUUUCAGAUAUUUAGAAAUGCAGUUGGAUUUCUUCAUUGUGACUCAUGAUAUUCAUUAUAAUGUAGAGUGCAUUUUUUUUCCCCACUGCCCAAGAGUUCAAAUCAGAGGCCAGCCACUUAAUUUUAUUCCUUUUUUCAUCUAGCCCAGCCAUAUAAUUAGCUGAUGAUGAACCUCAGACCUGUGCCUUUCAUUUGGUCAUUCAAGUGCUUUCCUCUGGAACAA